AUGGAAAAAGCCUUUGACUUUCUAGGAUGUACAGAGGAACAAAGGCUUACAUGUGCCAAGUAUAAGCUUCAGUAUGAAGCAGAGGCUUGGUGGGACACUUCAAGGCCUAUCUUAGAGGCUGCCCACCCAGUCUUAACUUUGGCAAUUUUUAAGGAAGCAUUCUUUGAAAACUACUUCCCCACCAAUGUUAGGAAGAAGAAGGAGAUUGAGCUUGCAGAGUUAACACAAGGUCCAAAGUUAGUGUUGGAAUACCAACAGGAGUUCGAUGAGCUUUUCUUCUUUGCCCCUCCUCAUCUAAGCACUGAUGAAGCAAAAGCACAGAAGUUUGAGGAUGGGUUGAGGCCACAGAUUGCCACCAUCAUGACUACUCAGACAGCCCAGAGUUACUCUGAAGUAGUACAACUUGCAAAGAGAAUUGAAGACAAGCAGAGAGAUACCUAUCAGGCUAGCCAAGGGUCAGAUAAGAGAACAGUACCAUUCACAGAUAGAGGGUACAACAAGUUUUCCAAGCCCUCUUUCUAUAGUUCAGCUCCAGCUCAGUCAUAG